GCCUGAGGGGCGGUGACCGGUCAGGGGCCCGGCCGCGCUCCCUCCCCUCAGGGAGAGCUGAGGAGGACGCCGCCGGGAAAGGUAAUGCCCUGCCCCGGGCUGCCUUCGCUCCCAGCCGCCUUGUGCUGAGGAGGGGAAAGCAGACAGAUGCUUGUGAGUGCCCCAUGGCUGCAGCUGCCUCAGUUCACUCAUUUAUUGCCUAUUGUAACUUGGAAGCGUUCUUUAGGUCAGUUCAUCUUCUGGGACCCGUCUCUGCCUUCUGGUUAAGGAAUCCAUGCACACAUACAGGAUGACUCAACAGUGGGAUGGAUGGUCAGAUACCAAAAAGGUGCUGGUAACUUGACAGGAACUUCCACAUUCUUUGGAGAGCCCUACUGUGUGUGAGACCUUUCAGGAAGCGGCGCAGUUUGGAUACAUCAGAUCGUGCCAAUACCUGAGACUUUCACGAUGAAGAGAGCUAGGCAGAAAGUUGUGGUUGAAAAUGAAGCUCCUCAAACAUCACAGAAAACCAAAAAACAGAAAACUUGUUUGUAUGGCUCGGUGUUUGGGGAAUCUGACUUGCACACCUCCAUAGACUGGGGGAGCCUCCCGCACCACGUCAUUCUGCGCAUUUUUCAAUUUCUACCUUUAGUAGAUCGAGCCAGGGCAUCUUCUGUUUGUCGAAGGUGGAAUGAAAUUUUUCACAUCCCGGAUCUCUGGAGGAGAUUUGAAUUUGAGCUUAGCCAGCCAGCCACUUCUUAUUUAAAGUCUACACAUCCUGAUCUCAUUCAGCAGAUUAUCAAGAGGCACGCUGAUCAUCUGCAGUACGUCAGCUUCAAGGUUGAUAGCAGUACUGAGUCAGCAGAAGCAGCCUGCAACAUCCUCUCUCAGUUGGUGAACUGUUCUAUCAAGACCCUGGGUUUGAUUUCUACAGCGAAACCAAGCUUCAUGAAUGUCUCUAAGGCUCAUUUCACUUCAGCACUGACAGUGGUUUUUGUAAACUCCAAGUCUUUAUCAUCAAUCAAGAUAGAUGACACACCGCUCGAUGAUCCUUCCCUGAAGGUUCUCGUUGCUAACAACAGUGACACUCUAAAACUGCUGAAAAUGAGCAGCUGUCCUCAUGUAUCACCUGCUGGAAUUCUUUGUGUUGCUGACCAGUGUCACGGACUUAAGGAGCUGGCUUUGAACUACUACAUACUAAGUGAUGAACUGCUGCUGGCUCUUUCAAGUGAAAAACAUGUUGAUCUCGAACACCUUCGCAUAGACGUUGUGAGUGAAAAUCCUGGACAAGUCCAAUUUCACACUAUUAAAAAGCAAAGCUGGGAUGCUCUUCUUAAACACUCCCCCAAAGUCAACAUUGUGAUGUAUUUCUUCUUAUACGAAGAAGAAUUUGAUGCUUUCUUCAGAGAGGAAACCCCUGUUACUCACCUUUACUUUGGCCGGGCAGUCAGCAAAGCAAUGUUGGGUCGUAUUGGCAUGAAUUGCCCCAGGUUAAUUGAGUUGGUUGUGUGUGCUAAUGGACUUCAGCCUUUGGAUGAUGAACUGAUUCGGAUUGCUGAGCGCUGCAAGAACUUAACAGCAAUGGGACUUGGGGAAUGUGAAGUGACUUGCAGAGGUUUUAUUGAAUUUGUAAAGAUGUGUGGGGGCAGGCUUACCCAGCUGUCCAUCAUGGAGGAGGUGCUGAUUCCAGAUAACGAUUACAGUUUAGAUCGACUGCAUUUGGAAGUCUCCAAACACCUUGGAAGACUGUGGUUUCCUGAUAUGAUGCCAACGUGGUAAAUUCUCUAUAUUAGUGGAUAAGCUGGUAGAAUCAGGGCGUUGCUUUCUAUGCAAAUAAAGAAUUCAAAAAUGAAAUAUGGAAACUUGUUUCCAGAUUUGAGCUUCUGUACCUUGAAAACCUCUAGUAGUGUAACAGCAAAACUAGAAUGUUAAUGGUAUAGUGAAACAGAAAAUAGAUUAAGUGUACUUAACACUUCUGAAAGUAUGUCUAUGGUUUACAGGUGCUUCAAACUCUGGUGAACUUGGGCUUCUCUGAGCUUCAGUUGAAAUGUUCUACUCACGUUAAAUAAUUUAUUUUUCAUGUCUUUGUGCAGUCUUUCCAGCCUAGUCAGAAGAGGACUAGGGAAAUGUUUUUCCUUUGGCAAAUCCAUCUUUAAGGGAAACUGAAUACAGCUUGGAGUUCAGGAAAACUGUAUUAUUUGUCAUGAUGUUUUAUACUGCUAUUUUUCAAAAUGUUCAUGUUAUAAAAGUAAAAGCUUGUACAUUAAUACACUAUCCCAGGUUAUUCAAAUAUGUAAUCUAACGCCUGACAAGUUUAUUAAAAUGUUCUGGUAAAUAAGCUUAUACUUAAAAAAAACUUUCCAGUUUUAAAUUGCACUUUAAAUAAUUUUGUCAUAUGAGCUAAACUCUAUAGAAUGCGUUGUACAGUGUGUUGUUUUUUCUAUUUUAUGCAUUAAAUGGGAAAAUUGCCUGUUAAAAUGAAUGAUUUUAAAUGUUUGGGUCUAGAUUGAUUUCUUGGGUGAAUGAUAAAGCACAGUGGAAACUGCCAGAGUAUAAGGAAAAGCUUCUGGGCUGAUGUCUGAAUGCUGUUCUGUGCUUUCAUUAUUGAGAUAAGGAUGUCAUAAAUGGGGCAGGUGAGAAGAAAGGAUCAAAUGGAAUACAUUUGUCUUGGAUCACUUUCUAUCUGGAAUCAAGGAUUUAGAGCCAUUAGAGCCAAAAUGACCUGUAAAAAUCCUGCCUGUAUCUGAGCUGUGCAAUAAGCUCCGAUUUGUAGAGUAAGGAUUGCUGGAGGUGAUCCUGGAAUUUUUAAUUCAGGACUCUUUAAUACUUUUGGCUAUUAGUUGGUUUUUGAGGAUGAAGAUUUUAUUUCAUUUCUUUGUUUUCUUUAAAGUGCAAAGGAAGGGUGAGUUGAUGUGAAUUAGAAUAUGUAUUUUUGUGUUGAUGUUUUGCACACUGUAAACUGAAAGGCACCAUAUAUGAAUUUUGCUGUAAUUAUUUUCAUGCUGUAGUUGCUCUAUCUUCCUAUUUAUAGUGAGAAGUCUACGUUUGAUUUGCUCUUAGUAUUUCUCAGAUCAAAUGUCAGUUGCUUCCAUCCUUCCACACUUACACUUCUCUACUCCAAAAAUAACAGCUACACAGUUAAACCAGGGUUGUCCUGGACAGAUUUGUUCCCAGUUACAAGCUAAAGGGUUUAAGAUGACAACAUCUAAAGCCUGUUGGACUCGGUAGCACAUUAUUGCCUCUUGAGUGGUUAAGAAGCAUCUUCCUCUGGUUAUUAGCACCUGCUUCCAUAAUCAGGGGGAUUAUAAUUGUCUUUUGUUUAAAAGACUGAAAUAUUUCUAAACAGUAUUUGGUUUAAUGUGUGGUUUGCUUUAACUGUAAACAUAAUAAAGUGAUCUAAUAUGUUUACUGA